CCUCACCGGCUCGCGAGGGAACCGCUCAGGCACCGCCGCCCCGGCUCAGCGCGGACGGCGGAGAGAGGGAGGUGGAAGGACGACACCUUGCUCGCUUGCUCCCACCCGCACUCGGGCUCGCAGAACCGGCGCGGAGCCCAGGGGGAGGAGCCGCCGCGGGCACGCCCCGCCCCCGGCCCGGGAAGACGACGCCAGCGACCCCGCCGGCCGGCCGCCGCCCCCCUCGCCGGCCGAGACCCGCCCCCGGCCCCGGCCCUCCCCCGGCGGCAUGGAGGGGCCCCGCUCCUGACGGUCGCGCUGCCGCCUCGGCCCGUGCCCCACCUCGCGGCCCCUCCCGCCCGCCCCCGCUCGCAUGUCUGCGCCGCCUUAGCCGAGGAUGCUGAGGAUGAAGCUGCCGCUGAAGCCAACGCACCCCACGGAGCCGCCGCCCGAGGCGGAGGAGCCCGAGGCGGACGCGCGGCCGGGCGCGAAGGCGCCUCCGCGUCGGAGGCGGGGCUCUCUGCCGCCGCUGCCGCCACCGCCGCCGCCGCCGCCCCGGGGGCUCGGACCGCCUGUUGCUGGUGGAGCGGCGGCGGGGGCGGGUAUGCCGGGCGGCGGCGGGGGGCCCUCAGCGGCGCUGCGCGAGCAGGAGCGGGUAUACGAGUGGUUCGGGCUGGUGCUGGGCUCGGCGCAGCGCCUGGAGUUCAUGUGCGGACUGCUAGACCUGUGCAACCCGCUGGAGCUGCGCUUCCUCGGCUCGUGCCUGGAAGACCUGGCGCGCAAAGACUACCACUACCUGCGCGACUCGGAGGCCAAGGCCAACGGCCUCUCGGACCCGGGGCCGCUGGCCGACUUCCGAGAGCCCGCGGUGCGCUCGCGCCUCAUCGUCUACCUGGCGCUGCUGGGCUCGGAGAACCGGGAGGCCGCUGGCCGCCUGCACCGCCUGCUACCCCAGGUGGACUCGGUGCUCAAAAGCCUGCGCGCGGCCCGGGGCGAGGGCUCGCGGGGCGGCGCGGAGGACGAGCGCGGCGAGGACGGCGACGGCGAGCAGGACGCGGAGAAGGACGGCUCGGGCCCGGAAGGCGGCAUUGCAGAGCCCCGGGCCGGCGGCGGGCUCGGCUCCAGGGCCCAGGAGGAACUGCUGCUGCUCUUCACCAUGGCCUCGCUGCACCCGGCUUUCUCCUUUCACCAGCGGGUCACCCUGAGGGAACAUUUGGAGAGGCUCCGCGCCGCGCUCCGCGGGGGCCCUGAGGACGCGGAGGUGGAGGUGGAGCCGUGCAAGUUUGCCGGCCCUAGGGCCCAGAACAACUCUGCUCACGGUGAUUACAUGCAAAAUAACGAGAGCAGUUUAAUAGAGCAAGCCCCAAUACCUCAGGACGGACUUACCGUGGCACCUCACAGAGCUCAGCGAGAAGCUGUACACAUUGAGAAGAUAAUGUUGAAAGGAGUCCAGAGAAGAAGAGCUGACAGAUACUGGGAGUACACUUUCAAAGUAAAUUGGUCUGAUCUUUCAGUCACAACAGUAACAAAAACCCACCAAGAACUACAGGAAUUUCUACUGAAGCUUCCAAAGGAACUGUCUUCAGAGACUUUUGACAAGACCAUCUUAGGAGCCCUGAAUCAGGGUUCCUUGAAAAGGGAAGAACGGCGACAUCCUGACCUAGAGCCCAUUCUAAGGCAGCUAUUUUCAAGUUCAUCACAAGCUUUUCUACAGAGUCAGAAAGUACACAGCUUCUUUCAGUCCAUAUCAUCAGACUCCCUACACAGUCUCAAUAACUUACAAUCCUCUCUGAAGACUUCUAAGAUAUUAGAACACUUAAAAGAAGACAGCUCUGAAGCUUCAAGUCAAGAAGAAGAUGUAUUGCAGCACGCCAUAAUCCACAAGAAGCAUACUGGGAAAAGUCCCAUUGUGAACAAUAUUGGUACAAGUUGUUCUCCAUUGGAUGGGCUUACCAUGCAAUAUUCUGAACAGAAUGGAAUUGUGGAUUGGAGGAAGCAAAGCUGUACCACCAUUCAACACCCAGAGCACUGUAUGACCUCAGCUGACCAGCAUUCUGCUGAAAAACGGAGUUUAUCUUCAAUAAAUAAGAAGAAAGGAAAGCCACAAACAGAAAAGGAGAAAAUUAAGAAAACUGACAACAGAUUGAAUAGUAGAAUAAAUGGUAUUAGACUCUCCACUCCUCAGCAUGCCCAUGGUGGUGCUGUGAAAGAUGUGAAUUUGGACAUUGGCUCUGGACAUGACACAUGUGGAGAAACAUCUUCAGAGAGUUACAGUUCUCCAUCUAGUCCCCGACACGAUGGAAGAGAAAGUUUUGAAAGUGAAGAAGAGAAAGACAGAGACACAGACAGCAAUUCUGAGGAUUCUGGGAAUCCAUCAACAACUAGGUUUACAGGUUAUGGUUCCGUCAACCAGACCGUCACUGUCAAGCCACCUGUUCAGAUUGCUUCACUAGGAAAUGAGAAUGGAAACCUUUUAGAAGAUCCCUUAAACUCGCCCAAGUAUCAGCAUAUUUCUUUUAUGCCAACUUUACACUGUGUCAUGCACAAUGGUGCCCAGAAGUCUGACAUCGUUGUUCCUGCACCCAAACCCGCUGAUGGCAAAACCAUAGGGAUGCUUGUUCCUAGUCCUGUUGCUAUUUCUGCAAUAAGGGAGUCCGCAAAUUCAACCCCCGUUGGAAUACUAGGGCCAGCAGCUUCCACUGCAGAAUCAGAAAAGCACCUUGAAUUACUGGCUUCCCCUUUACCUAUUCCAUCAACCUUCCUUCCACAUAGUAGUACUCCCGCUUUGCAUCUAACAGUUCAGAGGCUAAAGUUGCCACCACCACAGGGAUCUUCUGAGAGCUGCACAGUUAACAUCCCACAACAGCCACCCGGAAGUCUGAGCAUCGGAUCACCAAACACUGCCUUUAUUCCUAUCCAUAACCCAGGUAGUUUCCCAGGCUCUCCUGUUGCUACCACGGACCCCAUCACAAAAUCUGCAUCCCAAGUGGUAGGACUCAAUCAAAUGGUGCCUCAAAUUGAGGGAAACACAGGGACAGUCCCUCAGCCUACCAAUGUGAAGGUAGUUCUUCCAGCAGCUGGCCUCUCAGCUGCUCAGCCACCAGCUUCCUACCCCUUACCAGGCUCUCCCCUUGCUGCCGGCGUGUUACCCAGCCAGAACUCCAGUGUGCUCAGCACAGCAGCAACUUCUCCCCAGCCAGCGAGCGCAGGCAUCAGCCAGGCCCAGGCAACGGUACCUCCCGCGGUUCCUACCCACACCCCAGGCCCUGCCCCGAGCCCGAGCCCUGCCUUGACACACAGUACCGCGCAGAGUGACAGCACGUCUUACAUCAGUGCUGUGGGGAACACGAACGCUAAUGGGACAGUAGGGCCACCACAGCAGAUGGGCUCGGGUCCUUGUGGUUCUUGUGGGCGAAGGUGCAGCUGUGGGACCAAUGGAAACCUUCAGCUAAAUAGUUACUAUUAUCCUAAUCCAAUGCCUGGACCAAUGUACCGAGUCCCUUCAUUCUUUACUCUGCCAUCCAUUUGCAAUGGCAGCUACCUCAACCAAGCACAUCAGAGCAAUGGAAACCAACUUCCUUUUUUUCUGCCUCAGACUCCAUAUGCAAAUGGACUGGUACAUGACCCAGUCAUGGGGAGCCAAGCCAACUAUGGCAUGCAGCAGAUGCCAGGAUUUGGGAGAUUAUAUCAUGUAUAUCCACCACCUAAUGUAGUUGCCAACACCAGUGGUUCGGGGCCCAAGAAGAACGGGAAUGUCUCAUGUUACAAUUGCGGUGUAAGCGGACACUAUGCACAGGACUGUAAGCAGUCGUCCAUGGAGGCCAAUCAACAAGGCACUUACAGACUGAGAUACGCACCUCCCCUCCCCCCUUCUAAUGAUACGUUGGAUUCUGCAGACUGAAACGAGUAAAGCUUGCCUACUUAAUACACUCAAGUGUGGGGAGUCAUGGGGUGUGGAGGGGAGGAAAGGAAAGGUAUUUUGUUUCUUUUGUCUAUACAUUUCCUAGAUUUCUAUGCAGUUGGGAUUUUUCAUUUCUCUUGUACCAAUGUCCAAAACAAGAAAGAAUGCAAUGCUUUUGAGCCUCUGGUCUCCUGGUUCAACAACAGGCUUAUACGUAUGAUACAUGUUAUUUAAACCUUCAGACAAACUAUCAAAAGGAAAAUGUUGGUGCGUGUUUUUUUUUUUACACUGAAUACUUGCUGUGUGCAAUGUUUACUGAAUCUUUAAAACUGUGUAUUUGACCUUUUUUUACAACACUGGUGACAGUCAUAUGGUUUUGAAAAAAAAGGAAUUUUGCUUCUUCCCAGUUUUUCUCACUUUCACCCUAAACGACACUUUCCUCCCCAGCCAGCCUCACUCUAUCCCUGGCCCGCAGCAGGAACAGCCAGCAGUGCAUUCGCCCCACUUUUGUAAACUGCUCUACAUAUCAACCAAGGGCAGAAUGUUUCACCCUAAUCUUAUGGGAGGAAUCAAACUCCCAAAAUAGUGUGUAUAUAUGUAAUAAACAGUGUCACGUAAAUACAUAUAUGCAGUGCUUGUUGUCCAAAUAAAAAUGAAAAUAAGUGGAAGAGGAAGAAGUCAAACCAUAUGAAAGUGAAAAAAUAUGACGUACGAAAUGGACAAAAAGCUUUUUCUGAAAUCAACUUUUUACUUCCAUCAUCCUUUUUUAGCCUGUUGCUUCAGAGAGACACAAAGUGAACACACUGGUGUGAAUGUCGCUCUCUGUGUGCUUGUGUUUGUAAUGAAAGUACAGCCAGUUUUACUUGUCUACCACUGUGUUGUGCUCAAAGAGACACUACUUGAGUAAAGAUUUCUUCUUUCCCUAUACCAACUGUUACAGUGUUACAUUGUGUUUAAAAUGUGUAUGGUUUAUUGCAAUCUGAACAGAGCUAUGGGUUUCUACCAUGUCAGGUUAUUUGUUCCCUGUCUCUCGUAGCAAAGUCACUUUUAUAACAGUUUACCACUAUGCUUGAUUAUAAUGUGAAAGACUGAAUUCUGAGUGUGUUAAGAUGGUAUUAAUCAUGUCGGUGUCAUGUCACUAAGUUUAAUGCUGCUGUUUUUCAAAAAGAAAAGUUUUUUUAAAAAGCCAAUCUAUGUACUAAAUUGCUUCCAGGUAAUUUUUGAUUUCCUAAAGUGCACUGAGGUUAUCUGGAAGAUUGGGUGUAUUUUUUGGUGACUGCUGCAAUCAUCAGCAAUGAACAGCUUCCACUGUAUAGUCCUAGGGGUAAGGGGUUGGGGGUUUCAUUUUCCAUUCCUCAGCACAGAGCAGAAAUGAUAGAUUUUUGUUGUGUGGAGUCAUGUUGGUAUGCAGCAGAGGAACGUAAACAUUUGGUCUUGUUUCAGAAGCCUAACAGAUUGCUAGACAAGAGAAAAAACUUGAAGAAAAAAGAAGCUUAAUUUCAUGCUUCAUAAGUAGCAUUUAUAUUUAUAGCACCAAUGUACAUUUUGAAACUUUCUUUCAGGGGUGGGAGUUAUGGGGAAGGGGUGGGUGUGAAGGGGUAGAUGAAAGCUUUAAUUUAGAAAGAAAGUUGGAGUAAAGGAAAUUAUUUUGAUUAAAUAUAUUUUAUUUGAUCUGGGUAUUUUUGGACCACAUUAUUACAUUAAUUGUUAAGCUGCAGUUGAGUCGUUCAAGUGAGAGUUUUGAUAAGCCACGUAUGGGCCGCAUUGUGAAUCACUUGCCAGUUGUACUUUAUGGAGCUUAUUUUAUGAUUUAAAAUACUGUACUGUACAUAGGAGGUAUGUUACCUUCUCCUUAUUUGUAUGUUUACCAUAUACUUUGAUAUUUGAAAUGUUAUGUACUGGAAAGGCCACUUAUAUUUCUAGAACAGAUUGGAUUUUAUGCAACCUUUUUUCCUUGAAUUAACAGCAAUAAAAAAAUGAAAAACAGCUUAA